AUGGCGCUCUCAACGAGAGAUAUUACGGACCUAAGCGGGAACACUCUUGAAGUUACUUGGAUCGGACCUCGGAGAGUGCUCCGUAGACGCGAUGGCAAGAACAUGCUCCCAGGCCAUGCUCAUGCUGACCUACAAAGCCCAACUCUUUUGCCUUACCUCCGACGUGCACUUAUACCAUUCCAUCUUGAUAAGCUAUCACCUCGUCUUUGGCUGGUAUCAACGCCGCAUUAUGCACAUAUCUCGCCGCUACACCAUCAAGCCGUUCGUGGGAGGGACGUGAUUUUGACAGAAAACCCGCAUCUUCACCUUGUCUGGUACUACGAUCGUAUAUUUAUUAAGCCCAUCCCGCCUUAUAUGCUAUCUCGCGCCUUCUGGGAAUACAUUGAGGUUGCGGACAGGGAGCUGUUUGAAGCCGCUGCGGGCUUUAUGCGGACAUACCGGUUCCUUAUACAGGUUGACCUUGAUUUCCGUAGGGCCGCAGAAGAUAUGGGGCUCAUACCUACCAGCUCAUGCAAUGAGCGUCUAACAUUUGAAGAAUUUGCUGCGUUCAUCACUCCAUUUGCAGAUCUACCUGAUAAGUGUGUCUCGCCUCGGUAUCAAUACGGAGAGCUCCGAUUGACGCGGCUGAACUGGCUAGCGAGAAUUUUUCUUGGAAAACUCACCUUUCACCAUAUCAAUGCCCAGUGGGGUUCUUGCUUAAGCCGCAUACUGGCACCGUUCAUCGCGAUAUUUGUUAUGUUAUCGACCAUAUUAAGCGCUAUGCAGGUUGAGCUAGCUGCGCAAUCUUUGCCGCAUGAGUCAAGCGAAUUGCCUCCCUUUGCUGAGGCUUCACGUCGGUUUUCAGUUCUCGUUCUUUUUCUGGUCACUCUGGUUCUUCUGUUUUUCUUGGGACUCGUCAUUUUCAUGUGUUGCCAUGAUUUGUGGUUUGCGAGAUCAGUGUUACGCAGGAAGCACAGGGCACAAACUCAGAAGGCUGGAGAGAUGAAGUCUGGUGUCACGUAA